CACAAAAGAUGACGUCAUAAUAACUUAGUAAAAUCGCAACAGAUACAUUGCCAUCAGAUGAAUCAAAUCAAAUGGGAAGCCGAUUUUUGAAGAAAAAUUGUAAGUCCUUAAAGCCCGAGCCUUUAAACUUGAGGCCACUGGAAGAGGCGGAGGAAGAGGAUAACGUGGAUCUAUUGCUCAACAGGAGGAGAGAAAUUGUUAAGGUUAGCCUCACUGGUCUUGGGGACAUCGAGGGUAAAGAAGAUAUUGCUGUCCUUGAUCGAGUGAACAAAUUUCUACUUACUCCAGAGAAAGCGCCUGUCAACACAUCACAGAAAUCGUUGACAUUUGAUUCUGAGAUUUGUACCCAAAGAGAAAAUGGGAGGAAUAAUCUAAACAAGAGUCAGAUAAACGUUUCUGUAAAGGGUGUCAAAGAUCAAACUCCGAAAGACUCCUUUCGAGCAAAAAAGCCAGGCAAAGCGGAAUCAACCAAAAAUGACCAAGGAAAACAGGAAAAGGAUGGCAAUCCAGAGGACCGAUCGAAGGGAUUUUAUCCAUCUCUGGGCCACUGUCCCCACAGAAUUAUCUACGUGAAAGAGGCUUUUGAUAGACUAGAUACACUGCAUAUGGCGCCCACCUUGGUUGUCAAGUUCACAGAAGACGCUGAUCAUUUCAAAGAACAUCACAAUAUCGACGCCUUCAACUGGAGAAGAGACGUUAUUCCAGUUUGUGUGAGUGAUGAUGAAAACAGCGAAGUUUUUGACUUCCAUGUGACAGCUGGCUCAAACAAACUAAGUCAGUGGGGGUACAAACUGGUAGAUCCCUCACGUCUGAUGGGAUGCAGUCCAGUCAGUGAUUCCACCUCUUCCUCUAGUGACAGCUCCCAGUCAAAAAACACAAAAUAUGUUGUCAUCCAAGGGGAGAAGAAUCAAUUAAACCCAAUGCCUCAGGCUGUCUGUAACAAACAGAAGAAGGCGAGGACUAAUGGUUCACGUGGCAUCAAAAGAGUCUGUUUUUCUGGAGAAGAGGAUUCCAUUCCACACACAAAGGACUUCGAUAGAAUGCUUAAUAAAAAUGGCCGCAUUUUGAGUGCUCCACAUUACUAAAUUCUUUGUUCAAAGGGAUAUAGCAGAAGCAUAUAGCAGUAAAAGUUAUAGUAAAUAAAAACUGGAAUUUAAACUCUAUAACUAGUAUUGAAUAUAAUUAUAAAUAUUACACUGAAUAAUACCUACAGUGAGAUACAAAGUUUUGUUACUGGUUAAAGAAUGAACUAUAUGUGGAUAUCUUGUAAAUUUCUGUACUUUGACUACCUUAGUACAUAAUAUACAUCUGAUCACUGAACUAAACGUACUUCUUUUGCUGGUGCAUACAUGUAUGAAAGAUCUUUGAAAACUUUCCUUUUUUCUGCAAGCAUUUUAUUCAUUUUUAUGUUUAAGGAUAAUUUACAGACUUUUUAUUUAUUUUUUUGGUUGUUGCAACAAACAAUAAUAAACAAACAAAAACAGAA